AAUAUAUACCAUUGCUCGCGAACUACCGCGCCCCGCUCAGAGAUUGAGAUUCGCUCGUCAGUCAUGGGAGAUUGUUCGCACAGACUCACGCAGGGCGUCAACGCGAACGCUAACUAGUGCUACGCGCUGGCACUUGUGCCUUGCUACGCAUUACAUCGCUCAGAUAUCGUCGUGCCGCAUCGGCAUUAACAGCAUCAAUCAGGGCUACCAGCUACUCAUCUCGACAUGAACUAGCGCUGCAAGCUACUCAUCUGCCUUACUGGCAUGUUUUCGUUCGCUUUCACGUUUGCGGCGCGAUGGAGAACUUCGACAACAGCGUCACGCAUUGCCUGGUCGGAGCAUUAGCUCUGAUGGAAGUGCAGUGUGUUGUGGGCAUCACAUUCACAUGGCAGCAAGGCUCCUGCUCCGGCAACAACCGUACGGGUGCAACAUACAACGUCUCCAUAUACCAGCGCGAUGCGUGUCGGGACCAGACGCGCGCGUUGGGCCCAGACGCGCGCAACACUGGUUCUGGGACAGCUCGUUUGACUGCAUUUCUGUGA